CGCAUGGGAUGAACCGUUUUUGUUUUCAGCGACAUUUUAUUCUUACCACGGAAAAUAUAUAUAUAAUUCAACAGUUUUACAGUGUUUAAUGUGUCACAUCUUUCGGCUUUUCUGCCCAUGUUAUCUGUAUUAUAGCGGAUAUGGGCAGAUUUUGUUGAAAGCAACACCCCUCUGCUGUAUCCUUAAAGUGGUUUGCUCCCUCCUGCUGCCAUGUUGGAUGUACGCAUUACUGCUGCAGUCGCUGGAGUUUCCGAAUGAAAGUUGAGCGUUUAUCUGUCUACGUACACUUAACGAGUCACUGGUUUGACAUUCAACAUCAAACUGAGAAUACAAGGGUUUUUCCUAAGCAGGAGCCAGACUGGAAAAGAGAUCGCAACCACAUCCUCCUCCGCCCUCCUGCUCGGAGUCGAACUGAGCGGAGAUGAUCCGGUUGCAGGCCACAGCAACCGGAGCCCGCAUGGAUUUUCUGUAAAUACAGCCGUUUGUAGUGCCCGUUCCAGGGAUAACUGCAUUGUUUCGGGGUCGACUACAAGAUUCUGGUGCCAUGAACAGCCACCCGCCGCCCCGCAGGGCGGUUAACGUCGGCUCCCUGCUCCUUACCCCGCAGGAGAACGAGUGCCUCUUCUGCUACUUAGGCAGGAAAUGCGCCACUCUGUGUUCAGCAGUGGUCCAGGUGUAUGGUGCUGAGAGGAGCUGUAACUGGGUGAAGAGGUGCUGUGGAGUGGUCUGCCUUGUCAAGGACAACCCUCAGAGAUCCUACUUCAUCAGAGUCUUUGACAUCAAGGAAGGGAAAAUGAUGUUCGAACAGGAACUCUACCACAACUUCUUCAUCAGCAACUCCAGACCCUACUUCAUUACAUUUGCAGGAGAUACAUGUCAGAUUGGCUUGAACUUCGCCAGCGAAGAAGAAGCCAAACGAUUCAGAGCCACCAUUGAUGACUUGCUCAACCGACGACAGCGGAAAAUAGAGAAAAGAGGCGACCCUAAAAAUGGCCCAACUCUGCAUGUGGCCACAGUAGACAUAAAGAACCCGGAGAUCAACAAUGUCCGAUUCCACAACUCCCACAGCCAUCAACAGCCAUAUCACAUCAACAACAUGCUGAGCCACAGCGGCCUGAGCCGGAAGGACAAGAAAACCAAAGGCAAGAAGAAGAAGCUGACGAAGGCCGAUAUCGGCACGCCGAGCAACUUCCAGCACAUUGGUCAUGUGGGCUGGGAUCCAAACACAGGUUUUGAUCUGAAUAACCUGGACCCUGAACUGAAGAACCUGUUCGACAUGUGCGGCAUCUCUGAGGCUCAGCUGAAGGACAGAGAAACGUCCAAGGUCAUCUACGACUUCAUCGAGAAGAAGGGAGGGGUGGAGGCAGUCAAGAACGAGCUGAGAAGACAGGCACCCCCUCCACCACCUUCUCGAGGCGGCCCUCCGCCUCCUCCCCCGCCGCCCCACAGCUUGGCUCCACCCCCACCUCCACCUUCCAGAGGAGGCCGAGGAGCCCCUCCUCCCCCUCCUCCAUCCAGGGCCCCGGCCUUAGCCCCGCCUCCACCACCUCCCUCCAGACCGGGAACUCUGGGUGCCCCACCUCCCCCACCUCCACCCACCAGGGGAAGUCACCAGCCGCCUCCUGCAUCCCACCACCACCACCAGUCUCCCCCUCCUCCUCCCCUUCCUUUACAUGCCUCUGUUACUCCCCAACCUCCACCCCCUCCACCUCUCCCAGUGGCACAGCAUUCUGUGGUGAGCAGCACUCCUGCACUGCCACCUCCCCCUCCUCCUCCCCCACCUGGCCCACCUCCUCCUCCAGAGCCAGAUAGCGUAGGUGGGGGUGGAGACUCGCCUCAUUCACCAAGUCCAAGUGGGAAGUCGGUGCUGUUGGAGCAGAUUAGAGGAGGAACCCAGCUGAAGAAGGUGGAGCAAAACAACAGAGUGCCAACUUCUAGUACUGGACGAGAUGCCCUGCUGGACCAGAUCCGACAGGGAAUCCAGCUCAAGACUGUGUCGGAUCAUCCAGAGUCCGGCCCUCCGACACCAGCUCCAACCACAGGCAUUGUUGGUGCUCUCAUGGAAGUGAUGCAGAAGAGGAGCAAAGCCAUCCAUUCCUCAGAUGAAGAUGAUGAUGAUGACGAAGAUGAGGAUUUUGAGGAUGACGAUGAGUGGGAUGACUAAUCAGCGCACACACACACACACACAGUUUCUCCUAAAAACCUAGUAUCUGACUGACUAAAAAUGUAAAUGUUGUAUGAACUUGCUGUAUAUUUAUUUUUGCCUUAUU